ACUGGCUGACUGCUGCUGGCUCCAGGCUAGUGUGCUUGGCUUCAAGGAGGGAGGGUAGAUAGGGGAGAAUGGAAAAGAUUAAUUGGACUGGACCUCAUACUGAACCCUAGAGACUGGACUGAAUUGCAUUGUACAGUAAUGGACCCAACAUACAGUGCUGUGCAUGGAGUGUACAGUGAUGGACCUGAUAUACAGUGCUGUGCAUGGAGUGUACAAUGAUGGACCCAACAUACAGUGCUGUGCAUGGAGUGUACAGAAAUGGACCCAACAUACUGUGCUGUGCAUGGAGUGUACAGUGAUGGACCUGAUAUACAGUGCUGUGCAUGGAGUGUACGAUGGACCUGAUAUACAGCGCUGUGCAUGGAGUGUACAGUGAUGGAGUACAGUGAUGGACCUGAUAUACAGUGCUGUGCAUGGAGUGUACAGUGAUGGACCCAACAUACAGUGCUGUGCAUGGAGUGUACAGUGAUGGACCUGAUAUACAGUGCUGUGCAUGGGGUGUACAGUGAUGGACAUGAUAUACAGUGCUGUGCAUGGAGUGUACAGUAAUGGACCCAACAUACUGUGCUGUGCAUGGAGUGUACAGUGAUGGACCUGAUAUACAGUGCUGUGCAUGGAGUGUACGAUGGACCUGAUAUACAGCGCUGUGCAUGGAGUGUACAGUGAUGGAGUACAGUGAUGGACCUGAUAUACAGUGCUGUGCAUGGAGUGUACAGAAAUGGACCCAACAUACUGUGCUGUGCAUGGAGUGUACAGUGAUGGACCUGAUAUACAGUGCUGUGCAUGGAGUGUACAGUGAUGGACCCAACAUACAGUGCUGUGCAUGGAGUGUACAGUGAUGGACCUGAUAUACAGUGCUGUGCAUGGGGUGUACAGUGAUGGACAUGAUAUACAGUGCUGUGCAUGGAGUGUACAGUAAUGGACCCAACGCAUGGAGUGUACAGUGAUGGACCUGAUAUACAGUGCUGUGCAUGGAGUGUACAAUGAUGGACCUGAUAUACAGUGCUGUGCAUGGAGUGUACAGUGAUGGACCUGAUAUACAGUGCUGUGCAUGGGGUGUACAGUAAUGGACCCAACAUACUGUGCUGUGCAUGGAGUGUACAGUGAUGGACCUGAUAUACAGUGCUGUGCAUGGAGUGUACAAUGAUGGACCUGAUAUACAGUGCUGUGCAUGGAGUGUACAGUGAUGGACCUGAUAUACAGUGCUGUGCAUGGGGUGUACAGUAAUGGACCCAACAUACUGUGCUGUGCAUGGAGUGUACAGUGAUGGACCUGAUAUACAGUGCUGUGCAUGGAGUGUACAGUAAUGGACCCAACAUACUGUGCUGUGCAUGGAGUGUACAGUGAUGGACCUGAUAUACAGUGCUGUGCAUGGAGUGUACGAUGGACCUGAUAUACAGUGCUGUGCAUGGAGUGUACAGUGAUGGAGUACAGUGAUGGACCUGGUAUACAGUGCUGUGCAUGGAGUGUACUGUGAUGGACCGGAUAUACAGUGCUGUGCAUGGGGUGUACAGUGAUGGACUGGAUAUACAGUGCUGUGCCUUUAAGAAAGAAUGUGCUGAAAGGAUGCAGUUUUGGUGAUAAGAAAUCGAACCCCUCCUCCUCUCCCCCAAGAAACAAGUCUGAAUGUCCAAUGAGUAACCACCAAAUUGUCAUGUGAAACUAGUGAUUUCUGUUUGUUGCCAUAAAGCCUUCUUUGUUUGAGAAGCACUAACACAGCACUAACACAGAAUCAAUCAUCCCCAUACAGAAAGUUUGGUGUCUGUAUUAUUGAUUCUCCGAGCUAGUUACUGCCAAUGCCAAUUUGGAACCUUAAAACAUACUGACAGAAAACAUGUUAUCGAAACCCGAGAUCUAGUGACUGCUGCUCCUCCGGCCCCCCCGAGGAAGUUGGACCCUCCAGUGACUGUGAAAUAACAGCUGCCAUGCGGUAAGAACUUUCCUCUUACAAUUCUUUGUUUCACACUCACGGGAGGGCCCUCUUUUCCGGGUGAGUGUGCAUGUUUUAAAAUCCUAGGUCCCAAGGAUGGGUUACUGUAUGAUUUAAUAUGAUGAGUUAUGUUCAGUCUAUUCUCAUAAUGGUGUCAUGCCCUCAUUGUUGUGCUUCCUUGAGUUAAUCAUAAUUAUUUGAUUGGUUACCUAUUGCAAAUUUAAAAGUAAUUUAGAAAAAAGGGCUCCCUCCUGCAGCAGGACCUCAGGGCCCAUAGUGUGCUCAUAGUUACUUUUUGGUAUCUUUAAGAUUCCGCUGCCGGGUUCUCUUAUUGAGUAGGACACUGUUUUGGAAUAGUAACAUCGUUUUGUAUAAAUAAGAUACAAAGAUGGGGAAUACUAGGAGUGUUCCCGGAGCCGGGGAGAGCCGGGCGAAAACCGCCAUAGAGAUUGUGAGGCAGAUGCAUGGGAAAACCGCUGUAAAAGGCAUUGGAAGUAUGUUAAAGAAAGCAGGCAUGACACCCUCAGGCAGCUUGGAUCUAGACGCCUGGCAGAAAUUCAAAAAGGAUUGUAAGGGUUGGUUAAAAGAUAAGGGAUUGUCCCAGAAGGCAAAUAUUUGGGAGGAAACUGCCAGAAUGAUAUUACAGAGAGGGUGCAGAGAAACCACCAGGAAAGGCAUCCCUUAUUAUGAGUGUUAUGAUGUAGAAACUAAGUCAGAAGAGAACCCGAAUGCAGUGAUUGUCCAGCCUGUACCCCCACCUCCGUAUCAUCCAGCACCCACUCAUGCUCUGCCGCUCCCAGAAAAGAACUCAAAUGCAGUGAUUGUCCAGCCUGUACCCCCACCUCCGUAUCCUCCAGCACCCACUCAUACUGUGCCGCCCCAGGAAAAGAACUCAAAUGCAGUGAUUGUCCAGCCUGUACCCCCACCUCCCUAUCCUCCAGCACCCACUCAUGCUCCGCCGCCCCCAGAAGAGAACCCGAAUGCAGUGAUUGUCCAGCCUGUACCCCCACCUCCCUAUCCUCCAGCACCCACUCAUGCUCCGCCGCCCCCAACAAAUGCUGGUCAUUGUCCCGAUGGUGGAUCGAUAUGUCCCAUAUCUGGAUUCGCUAACCCUUGGUGCGUAGAUUCAUAUCGAAGCUGUGACUAUCAUAAACCACUAGACAAGCCAGAUGAAAGAAAGUUCUAUUCUGUUCUUAAUUUUCCUAUCCAGAUAGGAGUAAUGCCACCCCACUUAACACCAGUCCCUGCCAUGCCCGAUCUACAACCAGAGAUGGACAGACCUUUAGGAGCAAUAAGAUGGGUAGCAGCUAUGCCCCCUCCUCAGGUCACCCCACUUCCCUCCUGUACUGCUGCAAGGGGACAAACUCAGUAUUCAUAUACAGAACGCAAACCUUGGUCCCCAUCUGAACAAUUGGCCAUGAUUAUGCAAAUGCCAAACCCAGCAGAUUCCCCUGUGGAAUUUGCACGAUUCACUGACACUAUUCAGAGAACGUGGAAUUGCUCUUGGGUGGAUCUGGAGUCCCUGGUAAGAGCCAAAGCAGGACCUGUUAUAUCCUUCCUAAUUGCCCAGGUGACUGAUGAUACCAGAAAGAGAUUGAUGCGCUCUGGUACAGUCGAUGGAGAGUGGUUCAUUGAAAAUGAAAACUCAGGAAAAAGAUAUACAAAGGCUAUUGACAAAUGGGCACGGGAUAAACAGGAAGAAUUAUCACUUAAUUUGAUGGAUGUUACACAAGAAAAAGGCGAGUCAGUUGACAAGUUCUUUGCUAGACUACAACUAUUAUGGAAAGGCAUAGGGUACAUAGCUGAAGAUUCCAGAGGCCAAAAAUUGCUAGGGGAAAGUUUUGUUAAUGGAUUACAUCCCCCACUCAGUACUGCUUUGAAAGUUGCCCGCCCUGAGUGGAGAUCACUGCUCCCGACUACCCUUGUUAUAAUAGUGAAAGCAUUUGAGGCAGAAAUGCAGAAAAAUAAAGUUGUGCGGAACAUGAGGUCCCAACGAAGGGGGGGGACAGGCAGAGGUAGGGGGCGAGGAAGGUACCAGUCAGGAACCCAGAGAAAUGCCCCAAUAUGUUGGAAUUGUGGCUGGGUGGGUCACAUAAAAAGAGAUUGUAUGUACCUACCACAGCAACAACAGCAUCAGGGUAAUAACCAUGAAUAUAGAGCAAACACCUAUGCCGAAGAAUAUUAAUCAGGCAGGGCAACCCGGUAAAUGUGCACAAUCUUAAAGUAUCUAAUGACAUGGACCCAACCCCUACUUAGUUACCUGAACACAAAUAUUAGUGUUUCAAAACAGUAAAAUGUAUUACAACGAUAUCGUCAGUGAAAGUGAAAUUUUUUGCAUUUUUCACGCACAAAUGGCACUUACACGGACUAUAUAAUUGUAAUACUUUUUACUGUUUUGAAAAACUAAUGUUUGUGUUCAGUGAAAUCUCCUGAGUAUAACAGUACCCCUCAUGUACAGGUUUUAUGGUGUUUUCAAAAGUUACAGAGUCGAAUAUAAGGUUUGCGUUUCAGGUUUUUCACAUUGAAAUUCGCCAGAUUGGUUGCCUUUGAGACCGUAUGGUAGCCCUGGAAUGAAAAUUACCCCCAUCAGAGGCUGCCCUUUAAUUAGGUGGUUUAGCCACCUAAGGCCACGCACUGGCUGGGGCCUAAUGGCCGCCUAAACCUCUUGAGGGCAGACUGUGCCAGGUCCUCGGUCAGUGACCGAGGACCCGACACCAGGAAGGGGCCCAGUGGCUUGCUCAGUAUGCCGCCGGAUGUGAGGCCUCUCCUGUCUGCCGGCCAGCCAUCGCAGACACCAGUCUGCAGCUCCGCAGUGAGCAGAGCUGCAGACCAUGUGUCUCGCGAGAACUGGCCAAUCAAGCGUUGCCGCGGGUUACCACGGCAAACCUCUGACGGGUCUCGAGAGAUAUGCAGCAAACCGGAUUUAAUGGCCACCGGACCACCAGGGAGCCCACAGGACCACCAGGGAGCCCACACUGGACCACCAGGGAAUAAAUAAAGGUAUUUAUUCCCCUCCAUCACCCUCCUCCCUCUCACUUCACCCCCCCUCUCACCCUCACCCACCCCCCUCACCUCACCCCCGCACAUCACCUCCCACUCACAUCACCACCCCUCCUGCUCACAUCACCCCCAAAUCACCCCCUUUCCCUCUCACAUCACCCCCUUCUCCCCAUCACUCCACUCUCCCUCUCCCAAUCACCCUAUGCCCUGUCACCAUCACUCCCUCUCACUGUCACCCCUCCUCCCUCUCACCAUCACCCCUCCUCCCUCUCACCGUCAUCCCCUCCCUCCCACCACCCCCCUCCCUCUCUCACACCAUCACACCUCAAUCACACCAUCACCCCUCUCACACAUAGGAUCACCCCCCCCACACAGUAUAUCCCCCUCACACACACAGCCCCCCAGACACACUGUCAUAACCCCUCCAUACUGUCAGCCUCUUCAUGCAUCCACACUAACAUUAACCACACCUAAUCCUGUUAAUCUCACUCCCUCCAAACGCACCUGCCCUCACUCUGCCACACUCACCCUGUCACAUUAACCCACCUUAAUCCUGUCACACUUGUCCCUCCUACCAUGCCACAAUUGCCCUGACACACUUACCUCCACUCGUCCUGUCACACUCCCUCAUCAAACCAUGUCAUGCUCCCUGUCCCUCAUUCUCUUUCACAACCUCACCCCCCCUCCCUGUCCAUUUACCCCCUUCGCAAUGUCACACUCUCAGUGCCACUGGUACCCCUUUACUUACCUUGUCACAGUCACCAGCUGAAGACACACUAUAAACAGUAACAGUGUGCAUGUAUUACAACUCAUGUUUGAGUUUCGCCUAAGGCCUCAUAAAGUCUAGAGCCACCUCUGACCCCAUGAUGGCAUACCAUUUGCAAUAGUAGACAACCCAAGGUAUUGAAAUGGGGUAUGUCCAGUCUUUUUUAGAAGCCACGUAGUCACAAACACUGGCCAAAAUUGGCGUUCAAAUUAGUUUUUUGCAUUUUUCACAAACAAACAAAUAUUAUCACUAACUUUGGCCAGUGUUUGUGACCAAGUGGCUACUAAAAAAGACUGGACAUACCCCAUUUGAAUACCUUGAGUUGUCUACUAUUGCAAAUGGUAUACCAUCAUGGGGUUAGUUCAAAUUCCUGGGCUACCAUACGGUCUCAAAGGCAACGUAACCAAUCUGGCGAAACGUAACGUGCCAUAUUUGGCCAUAUAAGUUCCCAAACCACCAUAAAGCCUGUUCAUAGGGGGUACUGUUUUAAACGUGAGACAUCGCUGAAUACAAAUAUGUGUAUUUUAUUGCAGUAAAAGCAAAUAGUAUUAUGACAUUCACAGUUAAAAUGUCACAUAGAACUAAAAAAAGAACAUUCUCCCCAUUUUUUAUAUUUUAUUCAUAUUAAAUUGUGUUUCAUAGCUAAAUAUUUGAUGUUAAAUGAAAGCCCUGUUUAAAAUGAUAUAUAAUAAGUGUGGGUGCACUGAAAUAGGUGAAUUACGGUUGAACACACAUAUAGUCAAAUUCAAGGUUUUGUUUACGUUUUGUUUUGAUCACAACGUGUACAUUUGGCUCAGUACUUAAGGGGUUAAACCUGCAGUGUAAACAUAGUAGUUUUUCUGAAACUGUUAUGUUUUCAGCUGCAGGGUUAAAACUAAGGGGACCUGGCACCCAGACCACUUCAUUGAGCGGAAUUGGUCUGGGUGCCCAUAGUGGUCCUUUAAGGCUACAUGAUUCUACAUGACAACCUUUUGGGCAGUGAUGUAUUAUCAGCCAUAAGUGCUAAUCUUAUUUAUAACCAGAUGGUACUGUCUCCCUGACAUCAGCCCUGUAUGAAAAUUAUUUGCUUCAACUUUCGGAAGCAUUGACAAAUAUCUCUUGAUAUAGAAAUUUAUGAUGGAUAAAUCAUCCAAAAGAUAACCAGAGGUUCCUAAUUAGAUAUACGAGCUCUCGGGAGAACCGAUAAUAAAACCACAGACUCUGUUUGUGGUUCAAAACCAUCUCAUCAUUUAAUUGCGAGAGUGUUGCAUAUAUAAAAUGGCAUUAGUCUACUACGCAUGUGUCAAAGCAAUAAUGACUCACUUGAAAGUGUUAUCUAAACUAUGCAAGGUUAAAGCAAACUGUAACAUUUCAUGAGAGACAGAAAAACCAUCUGCAGAAACUGCAGACAAAACUACUUAGCUUUUAACUCCUGCAGACGUGGAAGAACUUAACUAAGGCAAAGGCUGUAACCCUUUAUGUACCUUUUAUCUAUUACACUCUCUUAAUGUUUUAACACCUGUUGUGGAAAUGAGAUAUUGACAUAAUUUUUAGUUAGUAAAAUGUCUAUUUACUCAUCUAAUUGAAAUCAGAGCAUAAGCUAUUAACAUGUGCUUAGACAAAAUGGCCAGACCAAGCUACUUGUAUCAAUGAUAUUGUUCAGGACAAACUUGAAUCUGUUGAGAAAUAUCAUUCUCCUGCUGAUGGGUUUGAGGAGGACCGUCCUGCAGCAAGGUUAAACCGCAACCCCCGGCCUACUCCUCAAGCCAACCCACCCUCCACCUCCACACGCCGUUACACUGGCCCCAAUCAGGCCCAUUUGGAUUUGUUACAAUAGGUAACCGGCAAGCCUGUGUCUGACACCCCUGCCAUGGCAGUGUCUACAGGGGAUGGGGGAGGGCCACUAGCCACUGUAGUUCUACCCAUAGAGGGUCAUCCCACUACCUUCCUAGUUGACACAGGUGCAGCCCGCAGUGUUCUUAGAGAACAAGACCUGCCUGACCCAUCCUUUCUGUCAGACACUGAUGUCUCUUGUGUUGGUGUUGAUGGUAGCCCCCGCAGUAAUCCACUCACUAAACUCCUUCAUGUGGGUUCUGAUAUCCUUUCCCGGUUUGUUGUCUGCUCCACAUGUCCCAUUAACCUCUUGGGUGCUGAUGUCCUGUCUCGCCUCCAAGCAUCCAUUACCUUCACUGCAGAUGGCCAGGUUCAACUAAACACACCCUUGUCACGAAAAGACAUUUCAGUUCUUUGCUCCCUCCCCAUACUGCUACAUCUCACGACUCCUACAGGGAAUCAAGGGUCCCUCAUGCCCCCAGUGCUCUGGACAAAAUCCCUGCAAAGCUUUGGUCAACAGGCCCCUAUGAUAUUGGCCGCCUUAAAGUCCCUCCAGUUGUGGUCACACUUCUACCAGGAGCUGCGCCCCUACGAAGACCCCAGUACCCACUGAAACCUGUCCAGGCCCUCGCCAUUUCCAAGCAAGUGGAAAGCCUCCUGGCCAAGGGAGCACUUGUCAAGUGUGUUUCACCAUGCAACACUCCCCUUUUCCCUGUUAAGGAGAAAACUGAAAAGGGUCAACCUGAUCAAUACCGUAUGGUCCAGGAUCUCUGUGCUGUCAAUGAUGUCACUGUCAAGGAUACAGCUGUUGUUCCCAACCCACAUACCCUGCUGUCACAGGUUCCACCCUCUGCCAGAUUCUUUACUGUGGUGGAUCUUGCAAACACAUUUUUCAGUGUGCCCCUGGACCCAUCCUGCCAGCAAUAUACAUGGACUGUCAUGCCUCAGGGGGCUCAAAAUUCCCCCACCCAGUUUGCCCGGGCCAUGUCUAUGGUCCUAGAACCCUGGCAAAAGACCCACACAGAUGUUGUCUUGCUUCAGUAUGUGGAUGACUUACUCCUCUGUGCUGCUGAUCUCCAAACUGCUGAACGUGUCUCUGAAGACCUACUUUGUUUCUUAGCUGAAGAAGGCUGCAAAGUCUCUAAAUCAAAACUCCAGUGGUGCCGGCCCUCUGUGGUCUUCUUGGGACAAUGUCUUUCCCAUGGCACCUGCCACCUCACCAAGAGCAGGAUCCUAGCCAUUUUGAACCUACCAACACCUUCAGCUCAUCAAUCUCUCCAUGCCUUCUUAGGCCUCAUCACUUAUUGCAGGUCUUGGAUUCCUGAAGCUUCUCAACUGAUGCAACCACUGUAUGAUGCUCUAAAAAGUGAGCCUUUUUAACUCUCACCUCAUGCCCUCGCCUGCUUCACUGCCCUGAAGAAAGCAAAAACCUCUGCUCCUGCUUUGGGCCUACCUAAUUACCAGUUGCCCUUCAAGCUAUUUGUUUCUGAGAAGUCGGGCCAUGCCUCCGGGGCUCCGGGGUUCUUACUCAAACACAUGGCUCCAGACAGAGACCCAUUGGCUACUUUUCCUGCAUGCUUGACCCCGUUGCCAGAGGCAGUCCCUCCUGCCUACGGGCAGUAUUUGCUGCUAGUGCCUUGCUGGACAAAACCAAUGACUUCGUCCUUGGUCAUACUCUGAUCGUCUUGGCUCCUCAUGACAUUUCUGCAAUCCUACAACAGGUUCAACCAAAGCAUCUCUCUUCUCAACGUCAUCUACGUCUGCAAACUUCAUUGUUACUACCUGACAAUGUCACCCUACAACGCUGCUACUCACUGAACCCGGCCACUCUUCUGCCACUUUCCAAGGGGGGAGUGGCACAGUACUGGUAUAACAUAGA